CCCUAGAUCUCCAGCCACAUCAUGGCGCGGAAGCACAAGGGCACGCUGGCUGUCAUUGAGCAGAUCUAUCAGGACAUACCCGCUUUCACCGAUAUCUUCACUGAGGAGAGCUUCUACACGUUCGCCUUUUGUUUCGUUUGUGCCACAAUUUUGGUGGCAUUUAUUUUAUCUCGUUUUAUCACCAUCAAGCCCGUUGAUUUCUGAUUUGUGAGCCAACAUUAAAAAUAUUUAAGCUUUAAUAUGUAAAACACUCCA